CUUUACAAGAUUUUAGUUAUAAAAAACUAGUACUCUUUAAUAUACCAUAACUGACUAAUCCAUAAUAUGACUUAUUAGCGGAUAAACACAGUGCUUUUCUAUCAAUUUGGUUUCGUUUCAAAACUUGGCUUAGUACGCCAUUGACUUUCUUUUGGUUUUUAAGUCGACCUUUGCCUACUUUUGUCCCUUUUCAUUUGUCUUCUCUUCCAUAUUAUUGAGAUUAUCACUUUUUGUAAUUACUUAAUCAUGUGAAUUAGAUUAGUUAUGAGUUAGUUAGGUCGGUUAAGGCUAGCUUAGGUGAUUAUGAGUUGUAACCAGCUGGUAAAUCAUUUAUCCAGCUGGCAGUUAGUUAGAGUAGCAUAGUUACUCCUUUCAUUAUGUAUAUAUACUUGUAAGCUGUCACUUAAAUGAAUUGAGUUUCAUUUUGCAUUCAUCACAAAAUAUCUGCUCCUUUCUUCUUAUCUUUGUGCACAACUGUAUGUGUGUGUAGGUGUUUUUGCUUCCAUCUCCAUUGAGACUCCAUGGAAGCUUAAUGUUUGAGCUUGGAUAAUGCAGUAGCUUCUCAUUUUUACAUGAUAUCAGAGCAACAAGUCUAUAUACUCGAUCAAUUGCUCAAUUCUUUUUUUCCGCAAAUUGAAUUUCUUGAUAUUUUUUGUAUCGAAGCCCUAAUUUGCUCUUUCACCCAUUUAUUUAUGUAAAAACUGUUUGUGUAAGUUGUGAGGUGUCUUGAAUUAGCUCAAUAAGUGUUUGAUUGUUCAAAAUUGGUUUGUUGAGGUUGCAAUUUAGGUUUGAAGUGUUCUCAAGUUCGGAAUUUUUCUUCAUUUUUUAAUCAAGUAAGUAGAGUAUACUGCUAUGGCGGUUACUGAAGAAUCAUCAGAAAGGGUGAAUGGUGAUGCUAGUACAGUUGAUGUUGAUGCUAGUGCGGUUAGUGUUGAGGUUAUUAGUCCUCUUUACCUACACCCUUCCGAUAGCCCGGGUGCAAUGUUAGUACCAAUCCCCUUUAGUGGAAUUGGGUAUCGCUCAUGGAGGAGGAGUGUUUUGAGAUCCUUGUCGAUUAAAAACAAACUAGGUUUCAUUAAUGGUAAGUGCCCUAGACCUAGCCCUGAAGCACCUACUUACACACAAUGGGAGAGGUGUGACGAUAUAGUCAUUGCCUGGAUUUUAAAUUCCCUGUCCAAAGAAAUCGCAGAUAGUGUGGAAUAUGUUGUUGAUUUAGCAGAAUUAUGGGUUGAACUUGAGGACAGAUAUGAGCAGACUAAUGGUGCCAAAUUGUAUCAAAUUCAAAAGGAGAUUAAUGAUUUGUCACAAGGGUCACUCGACAUUACUGGAUACUAUACAAAGUUGAAAAAGCUAUGGGAGGAGCUGAGUAAUUUGAAUGCAAAGAGUCGAUGCACUUGCAACUGCACUUGUGGAGCAAAGGAGAGCAUGCAUAAGGCAGAGCAGGAUAGAAGGUUGAUUAAGUUUUUGAUGGGUUUGAAUGAGGUGUAUACAGUCAUGCGAGGGAGUACAUUGAUCAUGAAUCCCCUUCCUUCAUUAGCACAAGCUUUUCCCAUACUUGGACAAGAUGAGAAAUAAAGGGAAAUUAGACCCUCCAAUCAGCUCAACAUGGAAUCAGCUUCUUUUGUUGCAGGAACCAACAGAUCUGGAAAUUAUAAAACCAAAUUUUCUCCAAAUAAUCAACAUCACAGCUCCAGUAACUCUCGUUUGUUUUGUGACUUUUGCAAAAGGCCUGGUCACAUCAUGGAUAGGUGCUAUAAGUUGCAUGGAUAUCCACCAAACAACAACAAUACUCAAGGUAACUCAAACCAUCCAAACCAGUCUUACAACGGUCCACAUAACUCAUCAAAUAAUCCCAUUCCAAAUAGAAGUUUCAACCAAAAUUCUAAUUAUAAUCGAAACCUCAACAUUCACAGUCCAAAUAGAAACUACAACUAUAACAAUAACUCAUGGUGUAAUCAGAAUCAAAGGUACAAUAGAGGAAACAACAAUAGGACAGUGGCCAAUGUGCAUUGUUUAAGUGAUAACAUGUCUAUGAAAAGGUCUAAAGAAGAUCACAGACCUGAAGAAUUGUACAACUUAUCUUUGACUAAAGGGCAACUCAGUUAUGUGAAGCAGGUCUUACAGAAGUUCAAUAAUAGUGGAGAAAACUCUCAACUCUAUGAUAUUCCUGGUGGUACUGGCAGCUUUGCAAGUACUAUAUUUUGCACCUUCUCUAUUGACUUUGGUAAAUUGUCUUGUGAAUGUUUCAAAAACAAGUUUGAUUUAUGGAUUCUAGAAUCAGGAGCAUCAAACAAUAUGACUUUCAACCGUUCCUUGUUAGAUAAGAUUACCACACUACCUCAUCCUAUUUUAUUUGUACUUCCAAAUGGACAUAAAGUCAAGGUGACACAAAUUGGUAGUGUGGUACUUGGACCUUGAAUCACCCUAGAAAAGGGCCCUUCAAUGAAGAUCCCUCUGGUCAUUGGUAGGGCAUGGCAUCUAUUUCUUGUGUCCCAGAUGUUUGAAGAACAACAGUGUCAGGUCAAAUGAGCUUGGAUCUGAUGUCUUCCCUUCUUUUUGCAGUAAUUGUAGUUUUCAAAGUUGUCAGUCUCAUGCUUUUGUAAAUAGUCCAUUUAAAUCCAUUCAGUAUGAUCACCAUGUUGUAAAUACUUAUCAUGAUAAUGGAAAUAAAGCUGUUCUUCUUGCUA